AGGCUCCAAAAUGAAUCCCAAAUUUAAGCCUUAGUGGUGAAGUACCUUUGUAAUAUAACUCGUCCACUGUCUCCUUCAUCUCUAUCGUAGAGUACAAACCAGUUGCCUUGCAGAGCUAUGGUUGAUUCUAGGGUAGAUACAAUUUCAAGGUUAGCUCAAUGGAGGAUCGACAGCCUCGGCCCUUGCAACUUCAAGAAAUCCGAUCCUUUCAAGGUCGGAAUCUGGAAUUGGCAUUUGUCGGUCGAGAAGAGUCGAUAUCUGCACGUUCGUUUGUUCCCUGAGCCGUCGAAGAUCGCCAAGGAACAGCCUCCAAUUGCUCGGUUUUUUAUUCGAGUCUCUAGCGUUGGACCCAACCGUAGACCUUCUGUUUCUCCCACUUUGAAGCUGUAUUCAUUGAGGAAAGCGGAUGGGAUUGAACAACUGUUUCAUGAAAAACUUCUUCGAACAAGUGAAGACUUUGUUUGGGCUGUUGAUUCCACCUUCCAUGGUCGCUUCAUUGUUGAUGUCGAAUUUCUUGACUUGAAGAUCUGCCCUAUGAAUGGUUUGAAGGGAGGAGAAGCGAGUUCUAUAUGGCCGAUGGAGGGGACGAUGCAAUCAGUAUCAUCUCAAAGCACUCUUCAAUGCCUCUCUCGCAUGCUAGACGAGGCUAUCUAUGCCGAUGUCACCAUAAAGACGAUUGAUGGCACUUUACAAGCUCAUAAAGCCAUUUUAUCGGCCAGUUCUCUGGUUUUCAAGAGCAUGUUCCAUCACAAUCUCAAGGAAAAAGAGUCUUCCAUCAUCUUCAUAGAAGACAUGACUCUAGAAGCCUGCAUGGCUCUGUUACGUUACUUGUAUGGAACCAUAACUGAAGACAACUUCUGGAAGCAUCGACUGUCGCUUCUUGGGGCAGCGAACAAGUAUGGUAUUGUAGACCUAAAAGAUGCGUGCGAAGAGAGCCUCUUGGAAGACAUAAACUCGGGGAAUGUCCUUGGGAGACUGCAAGAAGCAUGGCUUUAUCAGCUGCAUAAACUGAAAAAAGGAUGCUUAGCAUACUUAUUCGAUUUCGGUAAGGUUUACGACCUUAGAGACGAAAUAAACGACUUCUUCAGGCAAGCGGACCGGGAACUGAUGAUGGAGAUGUUCCAAGAAGUGCUUACAGUAUGGAAACCAGUUUAAUAACAAUGAAUUUCCAUCCUCACCAUGUGUGAAGCUUUGUAGCUUUACUUACAUUGAUCAAUAUGUAUAUAUAUGUAAAGGGUAUUUUGGGACAGUGGAAACCAGUUUAAUAACAAUGAGUUUUCAUCCUACAUCAUGUGUGAAGCUUUGUACUUACAUUGAUAAAUAUGGAUAUAUAUCUGUAAAGGGUAUUUUAGGACAACA